GUUCCUGAAGUUCAGCGUUUUUAACGGCUCUGAGUCGUGUCAGCAUGUCCUUGACGGAUCAGCAGUGGUGUCCCACAAGCGUCCAGGUAACGGUACUCCAAGCCAGGAGCCUUAGGAUAAAGGGGAAAAGUGGCACCAACGAUGCCUACGCGGUCAUACAAGUGGGCAAAGAGAAGUACCAGACUUCAGUGGUGGAGAAAUGCGUUGCUCCGGUGUGGAAGGAGGAGGCCUCUUUCGACCUCCCGCAGCUGAACCAGGGAGGAGGAGGAGGCGGCACGCUGCACGUCCACGUCCUUCACCGGGCUCUGGUGGGCCCGGACAAACUGCUGGGGCAGGCGGUCAUUAAUCUGUCCCAGCUCAGUGAGGACAAAACACGCAACAAGACCGAAUGGUUUAAACUUCUUGAUAAGACUGGUAAGCCAGACAAAGACAGAGGAGAGGUGCUUCUGGAUAUCCAGUUCAUGAGAAACAACAUGACUGCCAGCAUGUUCGACCUAUCUGCUGCUGGCAAAUCUCGGUCUCGUCUGGGCAAGUUCAAGGACAAAGUUCGUGGCAAGAAAAAGGAGUCAGAUUCUGUGACCAGCGUGGCGCCGUCCUUCAGUCAGGUCCUGACGGACAGCGAGGAGGAGGGCAACGGGGAUAGUGAAGCGGCGGCAGGCAAGGAUGGAAAACAUAAGAAACACAAGAUUAAGUCUUUGUUUUCUCCAAAGUCCAACUUGCAGAAGAGUAUGUCUCAGUCCAUGUCUGUUCUGCCUGGGAAGAACUCCACGCUCACUGGCAGCCAAUCAUCUGGUCUGAAUGUCGAUUCCUCAGAGGGUAAAAAGAAGUUCAAGUUCAUGAUACACAAACGCUCAGGCAGCUCAGGUGGCAAGGAUUCAUCAUCUGGUCGUGAAAAACAGGUUUCUGUAGAACAGAGUAAUUUAUGCAUCAAUGGCAGUCACAUAUACUGUGAGGAGCCGCCACCUCGGACUUCUCGCAUCAGCUCAAACUUCAGUCUGGCCAGUUCAGGUCAUGGAUCAAUGGAGGAUGUCCCUGAAAACUCUCCACCACCUGAGCAACAAAAGGCCGCGAGGAAGUGUUCACCUUGGGAAGAGGAUGAAGAGGAGGAGGAGGAGGAGGAGGAGGAGGAAGACACUCCUGAAGUUGAAAACGUUAAAGCGAAUGUGAGUGAAUCAAAAAGGACUAUAAUAGAGGAGGAGAGGAAAGAAGAGAAGGUUAAGAGGCAACAAGAGAGGCUUGAAAGUUUAGCUGAGGACAGAGAAAAACAAGAGGAAGAGGAGACAAGGAGUAAAGAAGAGGAAAAGAAUAGAAGAGAGGAAGAAAAGAGAAGACAAGAGCAAGAGGAAAGGGUUAGGAUGGAAGAAGAGCGUGAAAGAUUGGCAGAGGAAAAGAGACUACAAGACCUAGAGAGAAGGAAAAUGGAGGAGGAAGAGAAAAAGAAAAGAGACGAAGAGGAAAGGAUUAGAAUUGAGCAAGAGAAAAAGAGGUUAGAAGAAGUGGAGAGGGUUAAGAUGGAAGCGAGAAGGCAAGAAGAGCAAAAACUGGCAGAGGAAAAGAGACUUGAGGAAGAGAAGAGGGCACAGGAAGAGAGGAGAAGGCAAGAAGAAGAGGCAAAAAUAGCUGAGGAGAAGAGACUGAAGGAAGUAGAGAGAAGGAAACUUGAGCAAAGAGGAAGAGAAAAAGUAAAGAGCAAGAGAAGAAGAGACUGAAGAGGAAAGAAUUGGAGGAGAAUUGAGCAAGAAGAAAAAACUGAAGAAAAGAGACUAGAAGAGGAGGAGAGAAGGCUAAGAUGGAGGAAAAGAGAGAGGCAAGAAGAGAAAAGAAGAAGAGACUAGAAGAGGAAGAGAGGGUUAAGAGGAGAAAAGAGAAGGCAAGAAGAAGAGGCAAAAAUAGCUGAGGAAGAAGAGAGGAUUAGAAAGGAAAACGAGGAGAAGGAGGAAGAGAGGAGACGAAGAGAGGAGGAGGAGGAGCUGCUGAGAAAACUAGAAGAAGAGCGUGAGAAAAAGAGGAUACAGUUGGAGCAGGAAAGGAAGCAGAGGGAGGAAGAAGAGAGGGUUAGGAAACAGGAAGAGAAGAAAAGGAAAGAAGAGGAGGAACAGGCUAAGAGAGAAAGGAAAGAACAUGAGAGAUUAGAGGAGGAGAGGAAACUUCGGGAAGAAAGGAAGCGGAUUGAGGCAGAGGAGAAAAUUAGACGGCAAGAAAGGAUCAGGAUGGAAGAAGAGGAAAAAAGACUAAAAGAACAAGAAAAUCAAAGAGCUGAAGAGGAAAGACUUAGGAAAGAGGAGGAGAAGAGACAGGAGGAUGAGGAGAGGGCCAGGAAGCAAAGGGAAGAAUAUGAAAGACUGUUAGAGGAAAAAAUGCAACAAGAAGAACAAAGAAGACUUGAGGAAGAGGAAAGAAUUAGAAGGGAAGAAGAGAAAAGGGUUAGGAUGGAGGAAGAGAUGAAGAGGAGAAAAGAGGUAGAAGAAGAGAGGGCUAGAAAGGAAAAGGAAGAAAUGGAGAGGCUGGAGGAAGAGAGAAGACUGCAGGAACAAGAAAAGAGGAGGAUUGAGGAAGAGGAGAGGAUUAGGAGAGAGAAGAAAGAAGAGGAGACAAGGAAGCUGGAGAAGUUGAGCAAUGCAGAAGAGCAAGAGAAAAGGGAAAACACAACAAAAGAUGAAGUUAGGGCUGCAGGGAAGAAACCCAAAGAGAGCAGUCCUGCAGUCACUUCCACUAAUCCUUUUGAUGAAACCUUCUCUUCCAACCCCUUUGAGGAGAUUCCCGAGUCCCCCGACAGCAGCACAGCCGAAGAGCCAACGGUUCAGCAACGGUGUCACUCUGCCGUGUCAUCGGUGAGAAGUGAGACCAGUUCCGUGGAUGAAAAGGACCUGAUUAGUACUCAACGAGAGAAGCGACCAGCUCCUCAGCCGCCAGUAAGGAGUCAAGCUGGGAAGCAGCCUCACAGGGAGCAGGAUGUGCCGGCACGACAUCUGGCACAAAUUAACAAGCAAAGCAAAGACAAAGAUGUCAAAACUGUCAGUGUUUCCCCACAGCGCUCGGUGCAAAUGAUCGCUCCGCUGUGUAGGUCUCCCACAGAUUCACAGAACUCCCAGAGCCUGAUGCAAAGCAAUAACGCUAAUGGAACAACAAAUGCAGCCAAACACAGCAAACGUCCUGCGCCGUCCGUACCUCCUCCUGUGGGAGAAAAGCAGUCAUCGGAACCAAAAACGAGCUCUAAUCUAGGUGGUGCAGAGACCAAACAAGUUAAAGUUGUUUGUGGCUUAAAUCCUUUUGAGGAUGAUGAAGAUGAAAGUGAGCUCACAGCUCAAGAUGACAGAGACACAGCAGUCUCUAGUAAUACUGGUUCAAUACACUGGCCUCCAGCUGUGUCACAAACUGCAGAUAAAGAUGCUGCCUCUCAACCGAAAAUCAAAUCCUCAAAGACGGCCCACGCUCCCCUACCUCCUGCAAAGAAUGACAUCAGCUCGAACACUUUAACGGACCCCGGCACGGAAAGAAGCCAUGCUACAGGUGAUCGAAGUGCAGCUGCACCCGAUAACGGUGCACUCCAAGCAUGCGACCCAUAUUAUGAGUCCACAAGUCCUGGGCAUGUCCCAGUGAGUCCACUCCAAGAGUCCCAGUCCCUUAAAGUCCAGAAUAUAGUGGAGGCAGGUAUGAAGAAAGACGGGGCCCCUACACCUUCACGCAGACUUCAGCCGGUAAGACCUCUUAAUCCUCUCGAGCAGCAGGGCGCCUCAGUUGUUCAAGGGGAAAAUGAAAACAAAUCCCCAGGAAUCCCCAGUGGACUUCAGGACAAAACAACGGUGGAUGACAGUGGGAUGAAAGGGCCUUACUCCCAGCUGACCCGGCAGGAACUGAUCUCUCUGAUCCUGAAACAGGAGAACCAGCUCUCGGAGAGAGAUGAUAAGAUAUCGGAGCUGGAGCAGUACAUUGAUAAUUUACUUGUGCGAGUCAUAGAAGAGAAGCCAAGUAUCCUCAUGUCCUUGACUGCUAUGAAGAAAGCUGCUUAGGUAGCUUUGCAGGCGUCACUGUAUUCUUGCCGCACUUAAUCAGACCUGUUUAUUCACAGCUCGUCCACAUUAGAAAUAUCACUUUAAAGAUGUAUUGGUUACGUUAAUGCAACUGGAAUAUUUUUGCUGUAAAGUAUGGAGGAACACUUUAGAUUUCAAAUAUGUCAUCACCCAAUAAAAUUAACCAUUUGAGGGAAAGAAAAUCUUUGGAAAGACGCUGUAGUUUUUAGAUAAUCGAUAAAUUUAGACAUUUGUUUCAUGUGAGAGUUUAAAGGAAAUCUUGUAUAUAUUUGGUCAUGCCUUUCAUCUUUCUUCUGGAAAUAACUUUGAUAAAAAUCCUGCCAGCGUAGCAGACUUGUUGCAUUUCAUGGCGAAACUCCAGUUGAUUUCUCUCUGUAGAGCUUAAUGUCAAAGUUUACUGCUAAUCCCCAUGUGCACUUUAAGUAGCUCACACUAUUAACUGUUAAGACACUGAACACUGUACUGAGUAUUUUUACUGCUUAAAUAAAUUUGAAAAAUAAAAUAAAACCAUGAAUUAAUACAAA